AUGAACGCCGACCAAAUCUUGACCCAGCACUGGGAUAUCCUCAUCAUAGGCACAGGAGCCGCAGCCCUCUCGUCUGCUCUCUCCGCAGUCGAAUCGACGAGCCCACCUCCAAGCAUCCUACUCAUAGACAAAGCUCCCCUCGACUGGGCAGGCGGCAACGGCUACUUCACCGCGGGCGCCUACCGAACCCGGCACAAUGGCCUCAAGGACAUCUUACCUAUAGUCUCAAACGUAAGCGACGAGAUCAAAGACAAGAUCGAUCUGCCUCCGUAUAGAGCCGAGGACUUCCAACAUGAUCUCCAGCGUGUCACGGGCGGGAGGAGUGAUGAAGUGCUCGGUGAGUAUUUGGUUAGAGAGUCGCUGGAUCUGGUGAAAUGGUUGAAAGGUCAUGGCGUGGACUGGUGGUUGAGCUUUCGACGGCAGGCUUAUCAGGUUGAUGGGCGGUGGGUGUUCUGGGGAGGGUUGCAUCUGACGGUUAAGGAUGGUGGGAAGGGGUUGAUUAAGAAUUUAUCGGAUGCUGUGGAGGCGCGAGGAUGUACUGUGCUGCAUGAUACGGCUGCGAGGCGGCUACUGACGAACGGGAAAGGUGCGGUUUGUGGUGUGGAGAUUGAGAGGGAUGGGAAGACGGUUGACGUGCGAGCUACGAGUGUUGUUAUGUGUGCUGGGGGUUUUGAGGCGAAUCCCGAAUUGAGGAAGAAGUAUCUUGGUCCUGGAUGGGAGCAAGCGCAUACUCGUGGAACGCCUUACAAUACUGGUGAUAUGCUUGGAGCUGCUGUCGCGUUGGGUGCUAAGACGGUGGGCGAUUUCAGCUCAGGAGGAUGCCAUAGUGUGGCGUGGGACGCUUACUCGCCCAAAGACGGUGGCGAUCGAGAGAAGACGAACGAAUUCACGAAAUCUGGAUAUCCUCUCGGACUCAUGCUGAAUGCGGAGGGCAAGAGGUUUGUAGACGAAGGUAUUGAUCUCAGGAAUUAUACUUAUGCUAAGUUCGGGAGAGCUAUCUUGGAGCAGCCACAGGGUAUUGCUUUUCAGCUAUGGGACAAAGAUGGCCAAAAAUGGUUGAGGGAGGAGGAGUAUCGGGAUGAGAUUGUCCACAAAAUCUGUGCGGACAGUAUCGGAGAGCUGGCACGGAAGUGCAGCGAAGAAGGUCUGGUGGAUGCAGAUGGAUUCGUGAAGACGGUCGAGGAGUACAAUAACGCAGUCGCUGCACAUCGGGAAGAACAUCCUGAUGUCAAACUCAACCCAGCGGUCAGAGAUGGGCUGUCGACGCAAUCGUCGAAGAAGCAAUUGACGCUGGCCAAGUCGAAUUGGGCUCUGCCGAUUGUGCAGCCGCCUUUCUUAGCCGUCAAGGUCACGUCAGGGAUCACCUUCACUUUCGGUGGACUACAGAUCAACCCCGAGAAUGCUGCUGUCAUGCGAGAAGAUGGCUCGGAGAUCGAAGGGUUGCAUUGUGCGGGUGAGAUGGUAGGCGGGUUGUUCUAUAGCAAUUAUCCUGGUGGGAGUGGGUUGACAGCUGGAGGCGUGUUUGGUCGGAGGGCUGGUAAGGCGGCGGCGGAGAGGGCAGAAUGUAGUCGAAGGAAGGAGAAGCUGUAG